AAAAAUUCGUUAAAUGUAAUUCGCGAAAAGUAAUGUAGAGAAAAAUGAAACUCGCCUAAAUUUCGCAAUCAUACAAUUCUGUAAUUCUCUAUUUUCUUUCAGAAUAUAUAAAACAAUAUUAUACGAAUACUAUCUAGUAUUAUUCCGCGUUUCCAAGGAAUAGGUGUAGUGACAAGUAAGUGUGACAUUUGAUAAAAUGCUACUACGAGGGCGAUUGUUUGCUGCAUAAAAAGAUCAUAACGAAUUAGUAACUCGAGAAAAUGUGAAGCUGUGUCUUAACCAGUAAUCAAGUUAACACGCGUUGCUGUGAUUUAAUGAAUAUUUUAAAUUCGUUUUGAUUGCAUCGUCACAGAUGUUAAAUAUAUUAAUUUGAACGAAAUCAUUUAAAUUAACCUAAAUUUCUGAAGCUCAAGUGAAAGUUAGUUAUGCAUAAUAUAGUAAAAAUCAAAUGGAUUCGAAGGUGAGACCGUGUAGGUCAUUACCACCUAUGGUGAAAGGAAAAAUUCACGGCUACUUAUGGCUAAUCAUAGACGAAGUUAUUUGGUAUAAAAAUAAUCCCAGAAAUACAAUUAUUUUAGCAUCUUGGUGGGGUGAACAGGAUAAUGCUAAAUUCAGACCUGUUGACAUUAAAACAAAUACAGUAAGAUCUAGCCAAGAUACAGCGGAGAUAUAUAGUAUCAGAACAAACAGCAAUCUAUUUAAGGAAUAUAUUAAAAAUUGUGAAACUAUAGAAUUAGUUGUAAUAAACGAGGAGGUAAAUCAGAUCGUAGGAACGUCGGAGAUCAAAGAAUUGUUAAAUAUUUUUGAACAGAAACCUUUUUUUAAAUAUUUCCCGAUAUUAGAUAUAAAUAAAAGUCAAAUAGGCGAGGUACACAUUGGAAUAAAGUUUAACUUAAAUGCGUCUAAAGCUACGAUUAUGCGUUUGAAAGCACACAAACUUCAAGAGAAGCAAUCUAAAAAUAGGGCUUUGCUUUCUCCUGUGGAUGCUAAUACACAUUGCAGAGAAUUUGAUAUUGGUGAUACUUUGUUAAGCAAAAGAUUUGGUAAUAUUAACAAAGACAAAUUUAACACUCCUAUGAAACAAGAUAUUUAUAGAUCUAUUUUAAAAACUAAAAGGGCCAAGUUCCAAGAACCUUUGUACAAUUCUAACUCUGCAGUGACUGAUACGCUCGUUGCUCAAGUUGUUGCUAGAGCACAGAAACUUAGAGGAGCGAUACUAAAAGAAACUUACGAUGAAGAUCCUCUGGCAUUGAGCGAUACUGAUCUGAGUAAUAGUUUUCCUAAUGAUGUUCCUCUUUGCAAAGAAGUAAAAUUAUAUGAGUAUUUUUUAGGCAAAGAAAUGAGUGCAUCCGAUGAACAUAAAGCACUAAAUACUUUAAGAUCAACGUCACCAACACCUAGUUUAAUCGACUUGGCAUCAGAAGCCAUCGCUUCUUCUCAGUUUAAUAAUGCGCCAAUUAAUGAUAAUAAAACAUCCUUAAGUACGUCCAACUCAAUGAUAGAAUCAUUGACCAAGUGUUUGUCUCAGGAUAAACAAAAUGAAAUGUCUCCAUUGGAUCAUGUAGAUAGUAUACGAAUUUUUAUUGAAUUAUUCGUAUUAAGUCCUGCAGGCUAUCGUCGUGUUAAAUCAUCUUGUGUAUCACGUAAUGAUAAUAUGCUAUUGUCUGUAACAUAUUUUGUACAAUAUAAUACUAAUUUUAAACCCGUUAUACAAACGAAUCAUAAACUACCAAGAGAUGAUAAAUCAAUAAGAAUAUCAUCCAAAAAUAAAUCAGGACAAGUAAUUCAUUUUGAUAAUGAGAGGGUAUAUAAUUUACCAAAAUUUAAUGUACAUCAAGAUAUUCCAUUAUGUUUCAAAAUUCUUUCCCGGCAUCUCAAUCAGAAGUCACCAACUGAGUUAGGCUCGGGUAUGAUGUAUAUCAGCGACAUUGUAAAAACAGAGAAUUUGAGUUUGUCGCAGAGAUUAGCUGUGAUUAACAAAGGUAUUAAAAUAGGAGAGUUGAAAAUUACUACAGAAUUAGGAUGCGAUUCGAUUCACUUUGGAAAACAAUAUAUUGAAGCUGUAAUGUCCGGAAAGGAAAAUAUUCCUAUGUUAAAUGUGAAAUCUUUAUUAAAUACAGAUAUUGAUAAAUGUAAAACUGCAACAGGAACGAAAUCCAAAACGAAUAAUAGCGUUUCAUCUUCCUCGACAAAAAGAAUAGAAUGUUUACACAUGGAUAAUACUAGUAAUAUGGUUACGAGAAAAGAUGCAUCAAAACAUAAUGACCAAAACAUUGAUGAUAGAAAAGCAGAUAUAGCAGAUCCAAACAGCAAAAAUCAUAAUGAUAUUUUACUUCACGGAUUAAUAUACAUAGCGGAGGGUAAAGAUUUACUGGAAUUAAAUACAUUUUUAAUAUGUAGAGCAUUUUGGUUGCAAGACAAAGGUACAAGUCAAUUGUGUAGUAACACGCGAAACCCAUAUUACCAUUUUUGCCAAUUGGUACCUUUAAUUUAUGGCAAUGCAUUACUAGAACGAAUCAAAGAUAAUUACAUAAUCGUAGAAGUGUACUAUAAAAAUUCAGUAGGAAUGAAUAAUCUAUUGGGAAUCGCAAAAUUACCUGUGCAUCAAUUAUACGUUGCUUAUAGGGAUCCAAUCGUGCUACCACAUUUAUUAUCAUCUAAAUAUCCAAUAAUUAGCGUAGAUGAAUGGAUAUCGAUCAAUAAUCCAGUUACUAGUCAAUCGUGUGGACAAUUACACGCAUUGGUUGCUCUCGGAACUGCCGAGCAAAUAGCACUUUUAGAGAUGUCGAGAGGUCUUAGAUGUCGAACUGUGGUGGUACCACAGGCAAUACGUGAUUAUUCCUAUAAUUAUAACGAUCAGAGAAAACAAACGGAUAACGCAAGUGAGAUAAUGAGAACCGUUGAUCUUGGCUUGCAAUUAAACAAUGAAAUAUCUCAAUAUAAAGAUAAUCAUAUGCAUCACAUGGACACUGUUAACGGAAAUAAUUCAAAUGUGAUCAAUUUUAAAACUCAAGAAAGUCAAACUGAUAUUUCAACUCUUAAAGAACCAAAGUUGGUGUCUAACAAUAUUCCGCAGGAUGAUGUUUUAAAUUCAGAUAGACUAGUUUUACAUACGCUAGUAGAUCGACUAGCGCACGCGUUAAAUGUUACGAAAACUAUGAAUCAAGCGGCGCAAACUGAACAAGAAACGGAUAGAAAAAAACGGACAGAUAUUGAACAAGAGUCAUGUAUAAAUUCUUUACGUUGCAACAGUAUGUCGGAUGAUAGUAAUAGCGACAGUCCUGGGAACAAUCUUUAUUUACCUACAGAAAUGUACAGAAGUGUCGGCGUUGGAGCUGAAUUUGAUGAGCCGAUAAAACAAGGACCAAGCAGUACUUACAAUAAUAACAUCUAUUAUUAUCCACCAACUAACGUACAAAAUUUAGAAAAUAAAACUAUCAUUUUGACGAACAACGACGAGAGCUCUUUUAGAGCGCUUAUCGAGAUCGAAUGCGCGUUACAUUUACCAAAAGUAGACAAACUUAAUGAAAGUAUAGAACCAAGUACGUAUGUAACUUUUCAAACAAUUCAGGCUGACUCUACGAAUCAAUUGCAAUCGUACACGAUAACUAAUGUUUAUCCACAUAGUUGUAAUCCAAGAUGGGAAUGGAAAUGUGAUACAAAAUUACCCACAGAAUUAUUAACGCAUGAUGAAAAACAGCUAAUAUUAAAAGUCUGGCGUUUAUUUAAUCCAGACAUAAGUACACAUAUUGAUAUGGAAAGAGAUAUAGUCAUUGGAUUUUCUGCCAUUGAUAUAUCCGUGCUAACAACUGGUUUUCCAUCUAUAUCAGGAUGGUUUCAUAUCAUGGAUUUUAGUGGAAAAUGUAAUGGUCAAAUAAAAGUAGGAAUAACUCCUUUGGAUAAUAUGUCAGCUUUUGUAAAGUCAUCUACAUCAACGAGUACUAUACAAAUACCAUUAUGUGACUCGUCACGAUCAAACAAAUCAUCAUUAUACAGUCAUAAUAUAUUUUUGAAUAAUAUACAGUCGAGUAAUAUCCAACAACCUCCUUUUACAGCUACAUAUAAUGCAACGAGCAGUUAUGCUGACUUUGAUAAUCACAUAGGUCAUCCUACGAUAGAUAUUACUCAAAGUUUUGAAGACGUUUCUAUGUCUUUUCUUUCUUCGUCUUUAAAACAAAAAUUAGCAGAGUUAGAUGAAAUUACGAAACGUCUACAGUCCCGUUUAGACGAUGUAACAAACACCGCUUUCGAAGAUUAUUUUGACAAUGACUUUGACUUGAACGAAAUACAUAACUAUAAUGAAAAUAUUGAAAAUAGAAAUACUGACGUUAUACUUCCUACAGCUGAAAUGUCAGAUAUGCAUGAUACGCGCCAAAAUGCACCAACCAAUUGUAUGUACACACGCGUGCAUACAAAUAAUGAAUAUAAACAAUUACCUGAACGAAUUAAUGAUAAUUUAAUAACAAAUGUAAAUGUAUCCAAUACCAGAGAUACUUUAUAUCCUACUUCCCAGUUGAAUUCGAAUUUAUUGAAUAAUCAUUUUCAACAAGAGUAUCAUACACAGAAUGGUAAUGCGUUAUACAACAAUGAGACAUAUCCGUUAAGAGGAACAAAAGUACAUAUAAAUCAUUUGCUCGAUAAGCUUUCUUUAGAACAUCCAGUAGAACCUUACAUAACAGUCGGUUCAUCUUUGAGAAGAAAUGUAAUUGAUUUAUUAACAACCGUUCAGAAGGAUAAUGCACAAAAUAAUAACAAAAGCAAACAUGAAAUUAUUAAAAAACUAAAACCUAUACAAGUAGAAAACAAGGAUCAAACAGAAUCUCUAACUUUAUCAAACUGGAUGACUGAUAAUACCGUUCCUACAACAAAUACGACAACAACUGUUAACAAAAAUUUACAUGCAUCUCACAGUAAAAUAUCAACAGUUAUACGAGAAGAGUUAAUGGCAGAAGAAAAUAAUGAUACAUUAAAAAAUGACGACGAGCUGACAAAUCUGCUUAUUACAUCCAAUGUUCGCCACAUGGAUUUAGAUAAUAUUUUCAAUCCACUUUUAUAUCAACAUUUAGUGCCAGAUCUUCAAGUAUCCAACAGCGUCUCACCGGAGACACAAGCAGUUGAACAAUUAGAUACUCGAUAUUCUAAGAGUUUUGGCAUCGUCAUAAAUAGUGGAUUCGAUGAUAUGCAUGAUAAGGUAGAAACAAUAACGUUAUCGCCGGAUAAAAAAAUCAAUGAAAAAGAUAAAAGGACGACAGCAGAAUCCGCUGGAAAUACAGAAAUUUUUAGGCUUACACCUUCUGGUAUUUCAGAAAAUGUUGAUGGUAAUAUUCACGUAACUGUUAUUCAUAAUCCUACUAAUAACAAUUUAAUGGCAAGUAAUAGUACAGGAUCAACAACUACUAUAUCUCUUGGUAAGUUAUCGAUGAGACAAAGUGAAAUUGAAUUAGAUGAAAAUAGUUAUUAUAAUUCAUCGGACAUAUCUGUUUCUGCUGCAUCGAGACAAGCACCGGAUGGUGGAAAUCCUAUAGAGGACAAUUCCAAAAUAUUACCUCAAAAGCAAACAACCGAUACGUCAGAUUUAUCAUCAAGCAGUUAAAAUUGUAUUGACUUACAAGGGACAUAAAAGGAUUCAUUAAUUAAUGUCGAUCAGAAUUUUAACUUUCUCAAAAAAAUAUAUUGCGUUUUUUUAAUUUACUACUUUGUAAUACUUUUUUAGUAACAUAAAAAUACCGAAUGUGAAUCUGUACUAUUGCAGUAAUACAAUUAUGCUAUUACUAAUCUCUAAUACUUGCCAAAUAUGAACGUGUAAGAGUGUAGGUAUAAGAUGACAUUUAAAAAGAAAUUGUCAAAAACGUCCUUUCUCUAUCGACUGAUUAUCGUGUAUACGUAAUGAUAAUAUCAUCAAACAAAAAAUGUUAAAUACUAUCCACAUUCUAUCAUUAGAAAUACGUCUAUUAUAUUAUUUGAAGUAUUUAUUAUAAGUAUUAUAAUUAUAUAUCAAUAUUUUUAUAUCAUCUUUGUGUAAAUAAGAUCGCAUAAUGUAUUAUAAAUCGACGAUUAUAUUAUAUGAAGUUGAUUAUACAUUAUAAGCUAGAAAUUAGAUUAAAGAUCAUCAAAUUAUAGAUCGCAUUAUAUAAAGUUUAUUUAAAAGUUAAAUAAAAUAAGUCUACUUAUAAUGCCUUGCUUGCGUCGAUUGAUAAAUACAUCCGAGUACAAAUGUGCAAAAUUUGAUGAAGCAUUGAAUUUAAUUUUUUAAAUAAAAAGUAAGAUAUGUUUCCUUGAUGAGCCUUUGUCUUAGAAGUUCAGGAUGUAUUAACCAAAUAUUAGCAUCAGUACCAUCAUGCCGAUGAAUGUCCGAACAAUCACGCACUCUCUAAAAUAUAGAUACUUAUGAUAUGAAAUAGUCCACAUAUAUAUUGGGAUAAGUAAAAAUACUUACAGAAAAA